AUGUUCGACAAUUACAGCAUCGAUUUUUUUAUACGAAUACUACUAAAUUCGUUACUAAAUCCCACGUUCGCACUAUUAUUCUUGUUUGCUAUUUGUUUGCAAGGUUUGGGGUGGUUCACUAGAGCAUUAAGGAAUGAUGGCUUGCUGAAAAGUUUUGGUAGAAAGGAAUUGACGUCAUGGGAUAAUGAAAUUGUUUUGGUGACUGGUGGCUCUCGAGGAAUUGGUGGACUGUUAGCUGAAACAUUGGCAUUACGACAU